AUGGCUGCGAACCCGCCUCCAGGGGCGAUGGGUCCUCUCUGGACACCCAAUGUCUCGAAAAGUGGCCCGAAGAGUCCGGCUGCGCAGUCUAGGCACAAACAGACCGGUGUGUUAGAUCAGAAGGCGCUGGCGCUGGAGGAUGAAUUCAAGACGAAACAUCUUGGUGUGCUGGGUGUUUUGGCGUGGAUAAUGCUUUUACAUGUUGCCGGUAUAUAUCUGUUCACAAAGGGAUUCCUUCUUACGCGCAUGGUUCUGGAGAAUAAAUCCUCAUGCGAUGUUUUACCUUUCGACGAUGUCUUAAAUCAACCGCAGGGCGCGCUGGGAAACCAGGAGAAGGGUUGUUGGCAUGAGAAGACUUUUGAUAAGGCUGUUGUUAUCAUUAUUGAUGCUCUUCGCUAUGAUUUCACUGUUCCCUUUGCUUCGAAGGAUGAGAGUGAAACUGCUCAUCUGUUCCAUGAUAAUAUCCCCGUGCUUUACGAGACUGCUGUUCAGAACCCCGCCAACGCCUUCCUUCUUCCGUUCAUUGCUGAUCCCCCGACGACGACUCUGCAGCGUUUGAAGGGUCUGACAACUGGCACCCUACCCACCUUCAUCGAUGCGGGGUCCAACUUCGCCGGGACAGCUAUUGAUGAGGAUAAUCUCGUUGCUCAAUUACACCACGCUGGAAAGAGUCUCGUUCAUCUUGGAGACGAUACAUGGCAGUCUCUGUUCCCAGGCUAUUUCAACGAGAACCUUACUCACGCGUAUGACUCAUUCAAUGUCUGGGAUUUGCAUACAGUCGACAACGGCGUCACAGAGCAUCUCUUCCCACUGCUCAACCCCCAGAACAGUACCAAGUGGGACGUGAUCUUUGGCCAUUAUCUCGGCGUGGACCAUGCCGGUCACCGAUACGGUCCCAACCACGCUGCCAUGGCAUCCAAGCUACAAGAAAUGGACCGUGUCAUUCGACAGAUUAUCGCAGCUCUUGAUGAGAAGACCCUCCUCGUCGUCAUGGGUGACCACGGCAUGGACGCCAAGGGCGACCACGGCGGCGAGUCCGAUGACGAAGUCGAAGCUGCGUUGUGGAUGUACUCCAAGCGUGGUAUCUUCGGCCGAACGAGCCAGGAUACAAUCCUCCCACCCAAGUUCGCACGUGACCGCUUCGUUCCCCAGAUUGAUCUCGUUCCGACUCUGUCCUUGCUCCUUGGAAUGCCUAUUCCAUUCAAUAACUUGGGCUCUCCUAUUGAAGAGGCUUUCUCUGGUGCUGGUGGUAAUAACUGGGCUAAUAUGGCUACUGUUAACCGGUUGACUUCCGCUCAGGUCAAGAGAUAUCAGCACCAGUAUGGUAUUGCUCGGGGUGCUGGUGAUGACAAGGAAUCUAUGUUGCUGUAUUCUGCUGCCGAGGAGGAGUGGAAAUCUGCCUCUAAGAGUUUCUCGUCGAAAUCGAGUGCUGCUCGUGCUAGUAAUGAGCUCUAUCGCAAGUAUCAGCGUCAUACUUUGGAUGUCUGUCGUGGUCUGUGGGCUCGCUUUGAUGUGCCUAGUAUGAUCCAGGGCGUUGUAAUUCUCUUCGCGGGAAUUAUUCUAUUGGUUAUCUAUGCACGAGGCUUGAAGAUGGAUCGGACUCAACUUACUCCUCGCUUACUUUCCUUUGUGGGAGCUGGAGCUGGAGCUGGAGCUGCUUCUGGCACUGCUUUGGGGUUGAUUGGGUUGACUGAGAUGACUGUCAUUGAUUUUGUUGUGCUUCUGACUGCGGCUGGAAGCAUCAUUGGAGCUCUGCCGGCUAUUGUCAAAAAGCCGACGAACUUGACUGUGCCUCUUCCCAGUGGCAUGUGGGGUUGGCUUGCGUUCUUCUUCACUGUUUCCCAGUCUUUUGGAUUCGCUUCUAACUCUUACACCAUCUGGGAAGAUGAGAUCCUGCUCUUCUUCCUUACUACCUUUGGUGUAUGCGCUGGCAUCUCCUCCAUGCGCCAGAAGCAGACCACAGAUCGUGUCCUCGGCGUCUACCACUCCGUCCUUUUCGUGAUUCUUGGUCGUGUGGCAUCUUUCUCCCGCCUCUGCCGUGAAGAACAAAUGCCCUUCUGCCGCUCGACCUACUAUGCCUCCUCAACCUCCUCCAUCUCCGCCCCCUGGCAGCUCGCUAUUCCCUUCCUGGUGACACUCUUCCUCCCAAGCGUAGUCCGCUCCUUCUACGUCGGCUCAAAGUCCUACGAAGGCGCCGCCUACCUGUGGAUCGGUUUCGCCUUCCGCCUAGGCCUUUUCAUCACCUCCCUCUUCUGGAUGCUCGAAGGCGCCGACGACGGCGAAUGGCUCCCCAUCAGCAAAGAAACCCUCAAAUCCGUCCGCGUCUUCCUCGCCCAACUCGUCCUAGCCCUAGCCCUCGCAGCAGGCACGGGCGCAUACCUAUAUUGCAAGCCCUGUGUCAGCAUAAACGUAACAAAACAACCGGAAGACCCAACCACCCCUCCAGACCCCAUAACCGCAGGCCAACCACAAGGCCCGCGGACAACAGUGACAAUCCUCGGCUUCGGCAACGUCUACGGAACCCGCUUCUUCUUCCUAGUCAUCAACUUCGCCCUGGCAACAAUCCUCAUGCAAAAACCAAUGGGCCAAGGCGCCAUCGCCCUCCUCCUCUGCCAGAUUCUCUCCCUCCUCGAAAUCCUAGACACAAAUGCCCUGACUAUAUCCAACUCGUCCAUCGGUCCCAUAAUCCUAGGCGUCCUGGGUUCCUUCUACUUUUUCAAGACAGGCCACCAGGCUACCCUCAGCUCAAUCCAAUGGGAGACGGCUUUCAUCCCUCUCUCAACUAUCAAAUACCCCUGGUCUCCGCUCCUUGUCAUGCUCAAUACCUUUGGUGCUCAAAUCCUUGCCGCUAUCGCUGUUCCCCUUACCGUUCUUUGGAAACGGCCGCUCCAGACUCAUGAUCGUGUACCUGCGUCUGAACCAUCGAAGAAUCCUGCUACGCGUCUUCUCUCCGAUGUCGUUCAGGCGGCGAGUACACACAUCCUCUAUCUAGCAACUAUCAAUCUCGCGACGACGAUGUGGGCUGGUCAUCUCCGGCGCCAUCUUAUGCUCUACCGCAUCUUUAGUCCGAGAUUUAUGAUGGGGUCGGUUGUUUUGGCGGUUGUGGAUGUUGUCCUCAUGGUUGUUGCUGUUGGUGGUGUGAGGUGGAGUACCCUUAGUGUUGGUGAGGUCUUUGGUUGGUGA